GUCAUUUGCUCUCUGAGCUUCAGAGAGUGCGCCACGCUUUCCUGGAGCUCCCGGAGCUCCGAGUGACGGAGCGGGUAUUAGCUGUUUGGACUCACUGAAGAUCUUGAGCUUGCCUGGGAGGAAUGGCCACGGUCCCCAAGAGCAACAUGGGACCUACGAAGGCAAUUCCCACCCCAUUCGGCUGCAUUAGCUGUAAGCUGCCAAAGCCCGACUACCCACCAGCGCUAAUCAUCUUCGUGUUCUGCGCAAUGGUCAUCACUGUCGUCGUAGACCUGAUUGGAAACUCCAUGGUCAUUUUGGCUGUGACCAAGAACAAGAAGCUCCGAAAUUCUGGCAACAUCUUUGUGGCCAGCCUCUCUGUGGCAGACAUGCUCGUGGCCAUCUACCCGUACCCUUUGAUGCUGUAUACCAUGUCAGUUGGGGGCUGGGAUCUGAGUCAGCUCCAGUGCCAGAUGGUCGGGUUGGUCACAGGACUGAGUGUAGUCGGUUCUAUCUUCAACAUUACUGCCAUUGCCAUCAACCGGUACUGCUACAUCUGCCACAGCCUCCAGUACAAGCGGAUCUUCAGCCUGCGCAACACUUGCAUCUAUCUGGUUGUUACCUGGGUCAUGACUGUUCUGGCUGUCCUGCCUAAUGUGUACAUUGGCACCAUUGAGUAUGACCCUCGCACCUACACCUGCAUCUUCAACUAUGUGAACAACCCUGCCUUUACUGUGACCAUUGUCUGCAUCCACUUCGUCCUCCCUCUCAUCAUAGUCGGUUAUUGCUACACAAAAAUCUGGAUCAAAGUGCUGGCAGCCCGGGACCCAGCUGGACAGAAUCCUGACAACCAGUUUGCUGAGCCUACUGCAUAGCCUACUUCAACAGCUGCCUCAACGCCAUCAUCUACGGUAUCCUCAAUGAGAGUUUCCGAAGAGAAUACUGGACCAUCUUCCAUGCUAUGCGGCACCCUAUCCUGUUCAUCUCUCACCUCAUCAGCGCUAUUCGGGAGGCUUGGGAGACCCGAGUUCUCACUCGUGCCCGCGUCCGUGCCCGUGAUCAAGUCCGAGAACAAGAUCGUGCUCGUGCCUGUGUCGCUGUGGCGGGAACCCCGAGGAACGUCCGGAAUGUUCUACUGCCUGGUGAUGCAGCAGCAUCCCCUUCUGAUCGUGCCUCUGUCCGUCCCAAGUCCCAAACCAGGUCUACUUCUGUCUACCGCAAACCUGCCUCUAUCCACCAUAAGUCUAUUUCUGGUCACCCCAAGUCUGCCUCUGUCUACCCUAGGCCAGCUUCCUCUGUCCAUUGCAAACCUGCCUCUGUCCAUUUCAAACCCACAUCUGUUCAUUUCAAGGGCGACUCUGUCUAUUUCAAGGGAGACACUGUCCAUUUCAGGGCUGCUUCCAAACUUGUCACCAGUCACCGUAUCUCUGCUGGCCCUUCCACCAGUCACCCUACAUCCAUGGCUGGCUACAUUAAAUCUGGUACCAGCCACCGUGCGACCACCACUGUUGACUAUCUCGAACCUGCCACCACCAGCCACUCUGUGCUCACUGCUGUCGACCUCCCUGAGGUCUCAGCCUCCCAUUGCCUUGAGAUGACCACCUUUGGCCACCUCAAACCCGACAUUCCUGCCUCCAUCCUUCCCACUGUACCCCCUGAGCUUGCUGUCACCUCUGCCACCCCUCCUGAUGCCACUGUAAUCCCCAUUCCCACUGGUGAUUACCGCAAGGUCGUGCUUAUUGAUGAUGAUUCCGAUGAUUCUGAUUGUUCUGAUGAGAUGGCGGUGUGAAAAGUGUUCAUUUCAGGUUUCCCUGCUUAUGUACUCCAGAGCGAGAUACGUCCAUUGUACACACUGACUGACACAGACGACACGGACCCCCAGACACAGUGGAAGUUCCAUCUACCUUUCGGGCAUACUCCUCUUUGGCACCCUGUACUUUGAAAGUGUGUAUAUAUUCUUGCUAUCUUAGAGAUUAAAUUUCCAAGUGUGAUGUCUGUGGUUCUGAGGUCCUAAGCCUCUCUGUCCCCCUUUCCUGGUUUUCUCUGCCUCCUGCUUUCUUCUCCCAUUCCCACAGGUGGGGGAGGAGUGCAUGCGCGCUGGUCAAGGCUGUCCUGGUGGUUAGCUCUGUAAUGUGACUGUGACCACGCAGCUUUAUGUUGUGUGUAAUCUAUGCUGUACCUUUAAUGGCAGUCAGAAAAGGAUAGAUAAUGAAAUACAGACACUUCAAAUUUGCUUGUCAAGAUUCCAUGACAAAAUAUGACCCCCCCAUUUGAAGAACGGAAAUAGACAAGUUCUUAUUAAAGUUCAUUUUAAUGCCUGUCAGAUCAAGUGGCAAAAGGAACGAUAGUCAUACUAAGUUGAUUCUAUUUUGUGUAAAUUUAAACAUUGGUGCUGAUUUUUAUAUAUUUGGUUGCAAAUGAUGAGACAUUUUUACUCUCUUUUUGGCCUGAGUUUUUCAAGUAUUGACCAGCACAUUCUUUUAUUUCUACAUUAAUUUCUUCUGGUUAGUAAUCCCAAAUGUCAAUUACAGUUAUGUUUACAAUAUUAUAAUUCAUAAUCAUUCUUUCAAUCACCAUCAGUUUUUACAUCUUUUCAUUCAGAAGGAAUUGGAAGUGAUAGCUAGAAGCAAGUUGAGUGUUAAGAAGCCUUGUCUUUGUGACCUUCCUGGUUGGGGGCAGGAGACGAGGAGGAAGAGAUGGUAGUAGCAGUCCAAUCAUGAUCAGUGACUGACACGAUGUGAAGCACUUGAUCUAUGUCAACCAGACGGUGAUUUUCCUUUAGAACUCAAGAAAGAAUUGCCAUUUAAAUGAAAUUUCAACUACUAAUUCAAAUUGACACUUUAAUCAAAGUUUACUACACAAAGGCUUGUAAGGAAAACUUGUAAGGAAUACUGCCUUAAUUCUAUUCUGCAUUUGUGGUAGCAGUUAAAUAAACGUGGUUCUGUGGCUUUA